AUGGACGGAGAGCUCCAAGGUCUAGGUUCGAGCAAGAUUCAGUAUCGUAUUCUUACGAAGCAGCUCCAACAAGAGGAUCUUCUACAACAGGACUGCGUUCUAUUCCUAGGACAUGAUCGUGUGCGGAUAUCGCUUGAUGCCGAACUUCGAUGGCAUGGUGUUUUAGAAGUCAAGCUUCAGACCCGGUUCGGACAAGAGCCUCCCAAGUGGGUUACGGACCUCGUUCAGUCUCACCUCGUCGAAGCUGUUCCCAAGUUCGGGUAUGAUUCUCACCAGCAAAGCAUUUCUACGCCACUAACGGACUGUCUGGACGCUGACAUCCUGAAGCCAAACACCGGUUACCUCACCGUGGAGCGCCGCAAAGGCACCCCCGGGCAGCAGUCUGAUGUCAUCUCGCCAGCGCAUUCUGAUGUUGAGCCCAUCUCGGAGGGCGAAGAAGACAAGGAUAUUGAUUUGGCGCCUUCUAAAGGCGAAGACUAG